AUGACAUAAGAACCUAAUCCAUUUAGUAAUAAUAUACAAAUAUAAUCAAGAACAUGUGACAUUCAUGGAUACUAAUUGUGCAGCCAAAGCAGGAAUGGUCACUGUAGCUGGAGGUGCAAUGGGUUUUUUAAUGGCUUUAUUUAUGAAUGCAGUAGAAAUGAGAGACAUGGAUUAUGGUAGAACCAAAUAAUCAACUCGAUAUGUUUUGAGAGUAAUAUAAUUAUAAAUAUACUAGAGAGAUAUAAAUAAAAUGUUUGGAAUGGCAAAAGGAUUUGCUAUUUUUGGUGCUUUUUAUUCUAUAUUUGAAUGUCAAUUAGAAAAAUUAAGAAUUAGAGAUGAUGCAACAAAUUCAUUUCUUUCUUGCAUG